AUGUCUUUCGCGGACAUCGAAUCCGGCACCUCGCGACCCGCGUUCGCCUCCCCGCUCGCGAACAGCAGCGGCUCCCCGGAGGACGCGGCGUUCUCGAGCCUGCAGUCGUCGCUCAGCCUGCAGGUGUUCAAGAUCAACGCGAACGUGCAGGGCAUCCUCAAGCUCGUCGACCAGCUCGGGACGGGCAGGGACUCGGCCAACCUCCGGACGAGCUUGCAUAAUCUUACGGAGACGACGCGAGCGAUGGCCAAGCGCGGGUCCGACGACCUCAAGAAGCUCGCGGGCAUCCAGGCGACGCUGCCGCAGUACAAGACCGCGCUCUCGAAGACCUCGCACGACUUCCAGCUCUCGCUUGUCGCUUUCCAGCGCGCGCAGCAGGUCAGCGCCGAGCGGCAGCGGACGGUCGUACAGGGCGUGAAGAUCGCCGCGGACGAAGAACACCAUCAUCAUAGUGAACCCGAACCCUCGCAAUCCCCCUCGGCGUCCCCGGCUCAGCGCCAGGCGCAGCUGCUCCAGUCCCAGCUAUCUCCGCACGAGCUCGCGUACCAGGAGAGCCUGAUCCAAGAGCGCGAGGCGGAGAUACGCGAGAUCGAGACGGGGAUACACGAGCUACACGAGAUCUUCCGCGACCUCGGCACGCUCGUGAACGAGCAGGGCGAGAUGAUAGACAACAUCGAAUCGAACAUCUCCUCCAUCGCGGUGGACACCCAAGGCGCUGCGGCCGAGCUCGCGACCGCGCACGAGUACCAGCGCAAAGCCGGCCGGCGCGCCGCGUGCCUCAUGCUCGUUCUGGUCGUCGUCGUCUGCGUCGUCCUCCUCGCGGUGCGUACCGGUCUCGCUAUCGUCUGCGUGCUGUACCACGUCUGUCUUUGA